UCGUGUGCUUUUCGAGUCUGCCAUGUUUUGUCCUAUUUGUCGCGCUUGAUCAACGCAUUCGCGUUUUAGUGUUUCAAGCUGUUAUUUUCUGUAUGUUACGAGCGGUGUUUUGUUUACAAAUAGUGUAAUUCGUGGUGUCGUAAUUAUACUCGAAAACUUUCGAUCAAUCGAUCAUUUUGCUACCUCUGUGUGCGACAGUGUAAUUCGUAUUUCAACAAUUUUUAGAUUCAUCAGCUAGCUUGCCUACUGCUUGCAGUCUAAUAAAUUCCGUCGUGGUUUUUUAACGUUUGUAUUUGCCUCAGUGUUUUUACUGUUAGUAGAUUCUAUCUGUGACGCAACCCACGUGCACUUAAUACAGCGAGCAUCUCAUGCACAUUUGUUAUUAUUUUGUUCGUGAGUUCGAUUUGUCGAGUAGUUAGGUACUUAGUCGGCAUCGGUUCGUCGGAGUGAAAUCGCGCGGCGCGCUUGUCUCGCAUUGUCGCAUCGGACAGUCGGAUUACGUAUUGAAAUAUUAGACGGUGAUAUCUGAGUGAAUUAUUUUGUGCGAUGUUGGUGUGGUAGUCAGUUUGUGCAUAGUGCACACGUGACAGAAGCACGGGACGUCGGUUUGGGUGUCAGUCGGUUGCGGUCCGCGAGCGCACGCUACAGUCCGCUGCAGUGCGGAGCGCGCGACUUUCGAGGUGAAUCACCGCCGCCGUGUGAUCGUGCUUGUUUACCCGCGAGUGCAUAAGUGCGUGUAUACAUAGCGGAAGUGUAAGGCAUGUGCUUUGUUUGCCUCUGAUGACAUCGCCGUCGGCUACGGCGGCGUUUCCUAUCGCGAGUGUGUGCUAGAUAUGCUCAUUGGGUUAUGAGUGUGUGACAAAGUUAUAGUGUAAGGAACCUGGAGCCCCUAGACGGAGUUGGGCCCGCCGGGGCGGCCCUGGUGCUUCUUGGGGCUCCGCACGAAGGCAAAAUGGCUGCGUGGAACCGCCACCACCACUUCAACAUGCUAAUGGAUGAGAAUGCCAAAAACAAACUGGGCGUUGUCGGCGGCGGUAUGUCCGAGUCCGCCAGCGCCGAGAGGCGGCACGGUCCGCUCUACGGGCGGUUAGUGGCUGAAGACCAGCUCGCCUCCAUGAGUGCACCUUCAGACAUUCAGGUGAGCGCGACGCCGCGCAACCCCCGAGCUUUCUGCCGCUACCGUACCUCCGCACAGGCUAUGCAAGCCCGAAUACCUCACCACUUUCGGGACCCCUCGACGGCGCCCCUUAGGAAACUCAGCGUAGACCUCAUCAAAACAUACAAACACAUAAACGAGGUAUAUUAUGCAAAGAAGAAGCGGAGAGCGCAACAGUACCUGGGCGAGGAUGGGUCGCACAAAAAGGAGAGGAAGUUGUACAACGACGGGUACGACGAUGACAACCACGACUACAUCAUCAAACAGGGGGAGAAGUUUCUCGACCGGUACGAGAUCUCGUCGCCGAUCGGGAAAGGGUCCUUUGGCCAGGUUGUGAAGGCAUACGACCACGAGGAGCAGUGUCAAGUAGCGAUUAAAAUAAUUAAGAAUAAGAAACCCUUCCUAAAUCAGGCACAAAUAGAAGUCAAGUUACUAGAAAUGAUGAACAGAGCGGAUGCUGAAAAUAAGUAUUAUAUAGUGAAACUGAAACGCCACUUUAUGUGGCGGAACCACCUGUGCCUAGUGUUCGAACUGCUGUCGUACAACCUGUACGACUUGCUGCGCAACACGAACUUCCGCGGCGUGUCGCUCAACCUCACGAGGAAGUUCGCUCAGCAGCUCUGCACCGCGUUACUGUUCCUUAGUCAGCCUGAACUAAAUAUAAUUCACUGUGAUCUUAAGCCUGAGAAUAUUUUACUAUGCAACCCGAAGAGGUCGGCCAUCAAAAUUGUCGACUUCGGCAGUUCGUGUCAGCUAGGUCAAAGGAUAUACCAAUACAUCCAGUCGCGGUUUUACCGCUCACCGGAAGUGUUGCUGGGGAUCCCGUACGACCUGGCCAUAGACAUGUGGUCGCUCGGCUGCAUCCUGGUGGAGAUGCACACGGGGGAGCCGCUGUUCUCGGGCGCCAACGAGCUGGAUCAGAUGAACAAAAUCGUGGAGGUGCUCGGCAUGCCGCCUGAUCAUUUAUUAGACCAGGCUCAUAAAACCAGAAAGUUCUUUGACAAACUACCAGCGUCGGAGGGCGGAGGUUAUGUCCUUAAAAAAGUAAAUGGAAAGGACGGCAGCGGAGUGCGCAAGUACCGCGCGGCGGGCACGCGGCGGCUGCACGACGUGCUGGGCGUGGAGGGCGGCGGGCCCGCGGCGCGCCGGCGCGGGGAGCCCGGACACGGCGUCUCCGACUACCUCAAGUUCAAGGACCUGAUCCUGCGCAUGCUAGAGUACGACCCGAAGCAGCGAGUGACGCCGUACUACGCGCUACAACACAACUUCUUCAAGAGGACCGCCGACGAGAGCACCAACACGCAGCAACACCAUCCACACGUGGGCGGCGGCGGACGGCUGUGGGGCGGGGGCGGGGGCGGGGGCGGGGGCGGGGGCGGCGAGCGCAUGGAAGUGGAGGCCGCGCGGCGCUCCGCUGAGCUGCGCGCUGUCGUCAGCCCCGUCGCCAUACACUAGUGACAGUGCGACAGUGCGACAGUGACAGUGACCGUCUAGUGUAAGCGAAACCGUAGUGACAGGACUGCGACCGAGAGACCGAGUAUUUAUAAUUCUAUUUUUAUUUAACGCUAUAAGUCUGAUUGUAAAAAAUAUUAUCGAGAAUUUGUUACGGAACGUGUAUUAUUUGAACUUGUGCUUCGAUCGGUACUUAGAGAAAUAAAAAGACUACAUAUUAGUCAGAUUCGCGAAUCCGGAUGCGCAUAAAUGGCAUGAAAGCUAGGUUUUUUUAUUGUUACGCGGAUGCAUAUCGAGAACGCAAUAUGGUAGAAAAUAAAUAUUGUAUAUAAAUUAGUGGAACCGAACAUUAAAUAUCGACUGGGAAAUGAAAACUGAAAUGAUCUAGUGUUUAGUUCGAUCUGUGCUAGUUAGGCUUUCGUUCGGUUUUAUUAUCGCAAGCUUUACAUUUAAAGUGUCGGCAACUGACUGAAAUUCAAAGGGCCAAUGAGAAUUUGUUUUUACACAAACAAAGAAAUAGAUUUAAGUAUGUUUUAAAUGCACAAAGAGUUUAUAUAACACAAAUGUGGUUUAAUGAUCCUUUCAAUUUGACUGUCCUAAAUUAUUUGAAACCCUCGCAUUUUAGACUUGUAAUAUAUAUAUAUAUUUGUAAUGUUUGGUUAUAACCCCACGCUUGUGAUUUGUAUCUCAAGUUUAAAAUUAAUGUACAGAUUUAUUUUUGACCCGUUGGAAUAUUCAAACGUGUAAAACAUAAUAGUGUAUAGGUAAUUCUAUUUAAAAAAAAAACACAAAAUGUAUUUGUAGGUUACGAGAAUGUUGAAUCAUAUAUAAAACUUUUGGGUAUUUCAGAUAGAAGUUAAUAAAUUAAAUGACUUGUUCAACCUUUUUGGAUUUGAAUCUACAAUAGACAAACCUCAUUGCAACAGACUGGCCGAAACUUUGUAUCGGAGAUAUUUUGUAUAGCAUUAACUGAACACUGCCUUAUUGUGCCGGAAAUUUUUAUGAUUACAGCUCGACACUCACGGGGGACUUUUGAAGAUUGUUUUUUUUUUUUAUUUGAGCGCUUCAGUGCCGCUAAACGAUGGCUUUUGCAGCCUAAAUAUGCAAGCAGUGCAUAUGAUAAGUGUCCAUGUCUACGUCGAGAAAAAUCAAAAUUAUUCCUAAAUAAAUGUUAUGUUUUUCUUGACAAUUGACAAUGGCAAUGCGGAUAUUAAAGUAUAUCAAAUACUUUAAUUAGCAUACUUGCUCGAGUUAUUUUGUUUGGUCGUGGAAGUGUCGUGAGUGCCGAGCACGGGAAGCGUCCGCGCCGGUUCGAGAGAGGAAUUAGCAAAAUAUAAUAAUUUAGAAUUGUUUUUAGUUAAUUAUCGACUGAAGCUCACUGGAACCGGCGCGGGCGCCGACGACGCAACAGCAAGCAGCAAGCUACAGCGCUGACUGACUGCAUGACGUUGCCGAUUUUAUAAUGUAAAAAAAAACACUAUUAAUUUAAUUAUCCUAAAAUGUUUGUAAGGUACUGGCGAUUUGUUUUUACAUGAAGCAUUAAAGUAUUUCACAAACUUUAUUUCUUAUAGCACUGUACUAGUUUAACCCGUUUGAUUGUAGAUUUGAAUCUAUUUCUAAUCUUGCUGUUAUGUACUAUUUCAAAUAUCUGUAUAAUAUUUACAAUAAUACUUUUCUGCUUCAUGAGAUUAUAGGAUUGUUAGAAAGAGUAUAAGAAAUACAUAGGUAUGGAUAUACGUGUUUAAUUUGACUAUAGAGCAAUAACGAAAUUGUAUCAAAAAAUGCAGAUUUCCACAUAACAAUGUCAAUAAGCUCUUGUAUUUUAAAGAAGACAUUUCAGAUUUUUUUUUUAAUUUUGUAAGAGAUUGCUAAAAUUUUUAUUUUUGUUCGCAUUUAGAGCAUACUAGAGACGAGGGAAUCUGCAGCACAAUACAGUUUUAACAACUAGUCUCGGUGAUAAGUGAUAAUGAACACAUCAAUUUAUUUUAAUAGUUCUAACUAAAUCCAUUACUCGAGAUGGCCCUAGAUGUUUGCGCUUGAGUAUGUAAUAUAUGUGGACGUUAGAUGUUUCUUUGUCAGUUGUUAACUUUUGCGAACUUUACCGGCGGGGGACAAACUUUAGAUUUCCAGCAGUUAACAUUCGCCGAUGUAUCUUUUUUUGCAUUCUGUUCUUACAAUUUGUGGCCAAGCCAAGCAUUUGUGAUAUAAAUAAGCUUGUCCUAUUUCUUAUGAACUAUUUCUUACUACUUCCAUUAUAUUCUUGUUUCAAGUCAACUGUGAAUAUUGUAAAUUUGUACAGGUAGUAAUGUAUAUCAUAAGAGUUGAGCUCUUUACAGCCAAUGCCGUACUACGAAAUAUGGCGUAGUAAAUAUGUAUUAUAAUAUAAAAUGUUUGGCACUGAAUGUAAGAAAGAAUGAAUGUGUUGAAGUGCAAAUUUGUGCUUGUGUUUUUAUAUUCUGUCUGCUGUAAAUAAUUAUAACAAUAAUAAUGUCUGAAUCGUGGUUGGCAGAGAAAGAAACAGCUCUAAAGACAAUCAGCGAAUCUGACGUCCACCAAUAUAGUAUACCUAUUUAUUUGUACUGUGACAGCAUGGAGUGUAAAUGUUUGGUGCAGUUAAGUGAUAUGAGCUAUGUUUAUCUCCUAUCGGAUUGUCAGUUCGCAGGCACUGUAACAAUAAAAGGAUAUAAGCUUAUUGGUCAACUUUUGUAUUUUAAAUCAAUAAACUAUAGCAAUGACACGUAA